AUGGCUAGAGUUAAGGAAUUAUUAGAUACUCAUGGUUCCUUUGAAACUACCCCUUCCUUCUUACUUGCUAACGAAGCAAACUUAGAUUCUGGUUUAAGCCCGCUACACUAUGCUGCCUCUCGUGGCCACCUAGAAAUCGUAAAGUUCUUAGUUACCGAAGCCAGUAGUAUUAUAGAUCUUGAAGAUCAAACCGGUGAGACGGCUCUUCUGAAAGCCGCUUACAAUGGACAUGCCGCUAUUGUAGCUUGGCUUUUACAAAUGAGUGCCAAUGUUGAACAAAAAGACAACGAUGGGUGGACUGCCUUACAUAAUGCUUCUGCCCAAGGUCACUUGCAGAUUGUUAAACACUUACUAGUGGAAGCUCAUGCUAAUGUGGAUGUUAAAAGUAACAAAGGGCAUACUCCAUUAAUGAAUGCUGCCUCGAAGGGGCAUGUUGACAUUGUUGAAUAUCUCUUGAGUCGCGGUGGUGCAAACCCCUUUAUUAAAAAUAGUUUUGGAGAAAUCGCUUAUGAUGGAGCUGCUAUUUCUCAUGAAAUAUACAUUUGCGAAUUGUUGGAAAAAGCUGAACGUGAAUGGUGGAAUAAAAAACCGUCAUCACAACUGUUUUCCUCCAGCGACCUUACGCAUACACCAGAUACGAAUCAACCAUAUGAUCUUAAUAUACUUCACUGUGCAGUACCUAUUGUUAUUCAUGAAAAUCAACGAACAUCUUCAUUUUUUGGUCUAUCUAUUCGUGGUUCAUCAAAAUAUUCAGCAAAUAACCUUUUGAAAAGUGAUGUUUGUGGUCCUUGGUCUCAUCAUCCUAGUGGGAGACCUCAAUCUAAAGAAAGCGUUCAAGUUCCAUCAGAAAUAUCAUCAUUAUCAGUUUCAGAUAUUUCAAAUUCAACUUCAUCAAAGCCUUCGCCAAAACGCUGGUAUUGGUUCACUGAUUGGCAAAUUUAUUUUACUCAUCCACGUGUAGACCAGCAAGGAUGGCAAUAUUCUAAAAGCUUUGAUAGUCCUGAUGAAAUGGACUGCAACACCGCAAUCAAACAAUAG